AUGGCGAAGUCGACGUUGAAAACUCUUGUCCUCGCUCUGAUCGACUUUGGUGAGUUGUUUUCUGAGUAUCUCAAACUGUUCUUCGUGGGAGGGCCGAAUUCACGUAGAGACUACCAUUUGGAGGAGGGAGAAGAGUUUUUCUAUCAAAUGACCGGUGAUAUGGUGCUGAAGGUCAUCGAGCGGGGUGUUCCACGUGACAUUGUAAUUCGUGAAGGUGAAAUGUUCCUAUUGCCAUCUCGAGUAGAACAUUCUCCUCAGCGAUUGCCGAACACUAUUGGAUUCGUAUUGGAGCGAACUAGAGCUAAUACAGAAUUUGACUGUGUAAGGUAA